CUCCUACUUUCAAUCAUAAAAUUUCUGUUUCUCUUUCAUACAUCAAGACCUUUUCUUGUGUGUUUUGUAUCAUUUUGAAAUGCAGGAGAAUCUCCCACCUGGGUUUAGAUUCCACCCAACUGAUGAAGAGCUCAUCACUUAUUAUCUGACUCGGAAGGUUUCUGAUUUUAGCUUCGUCAGUCGAGCAAUCACAGACGUCGAUCUCAAUAAGUGCGAACCGUGGGAUCUUCCAGGCAAAGCUACAAUGGGUGAGAGAGAGUGGUAUUUCUUUAGCCUGAGAGAUCGAAAAUACCCAACUGGCCUUCGAACGAAUCGGGCCACAGACGCAGGCUAUUGGAAAACCACAGGCAAAGAUAAGGAGAUCUUCCAUUCAGGAGUAAUUGUUGGUAUGAAGAAAACCCUAGUAUUUUACAUGGGUAGAGCUCCCAAGGGAGAGAAGAGCAAUUGGGUGAUGCAUGAAUAUAGACUCCACAACAAGCUUGCUUACAGGACUGCAAAGGAGGAAUGGGUGGUUUGUAGGGUGUUCCAAAAGAGUUCCACAGGAAAAAAACCUCCACCUUUGAUGGAGUCUUCUAAUGAGCUAGGAGAGAUUGAUAUGCCGGACUUGAGUACUCUUAUAAGUCCUUCAGUUAGCCUUAAUGCCAUUUCUAAUGCUACUGGCAGCAGCAACAACCACAAUAACAACAACGGGAGCAACAGCAAUAACAACCACAACAACAACAAUAUGGAUAUUAACAUGGACGUGAAUUGGGGUUUUGGCGGGGAAAUGACAAAUCAUUCGUCGCCCACAUUGCCAUCAAGCAUGUUGAACUCGAAUCUUUUGUCGAAUUCAUCCAUCCUAAGGGCAUUGCACUACAACUCUUAUCAACCACGAGAAUCGGCAGGUGUUAUUGUAGACCCUUUCUCAGCACAAGGAGAGCGUUUCAGAACCAAUUUGAACUCGAAUUUCCCUGCUUCUUCAUCUACGGGCAUUAGUUCCGUUCAACAACCGCCAUUCCAUCAUGCAUCGGUCUGGCGAAGGUGUUGAAACUGUGGAACCAGAAAAAGAAGAGAAAAGAAAAGAAAAGAAAAGAAACCAACUUGCUAGCUAAUUUGCAUCACUUAUCUCGAUGAUGUAACUAUUGCCAUGUAAGUAGUACUGAGGCUGCGAAAAUUCCAAAGGUGUUGUUGGAAAAAAAAAAAAAAAAAAACACCCACAUUGUACUUGGAUCAAAUGCUUACAUAUCCAAUUGCAAACAUUAGUUCUAUGAAUCAUUUAAAAGA